AUGGCGUUCAACUUCAACUGGUCGCCGUUGAUGGCGGACGCGAGCUUUUAUACUCGCGCCCAGGAUCUGCUCACGGCUGCUCUCAAUAAAUCGCCAAAACCUCCUAUUAUUGUCGAUGAUAUUAUCGUUACAGAACUCAACUUGGGAUCCAUCCCGCCCGAGCUGGAAAUUUUAGAAAUCGGGGAUUUGGCGGAGGAUAGAUUUCGAGGCAUCUUCAAGAUGUCCUAUCUAGGCGACGCCUUCCUGACCCUCAAGACUCGCGUCCAAGCGAAUCCCCUCAACACGUAUCUCCUUACACGACCGUCUUUUGCAUCGCCGUUGCCGCUAGCUGCAGCGACUCCGCUUACCAUCCCCCUUCAAAUCACGCUCUCCGACUUCAAACUCUCCGGGUUCGUCAUAUUGGUAUUUUCAAAGCAGAAGGGCAUUACUGUCGUGUUCCGAAAUGAUCCGCUGGAGUCGCUCAAGGUUUCUUCGACAUUCGAUUCCAUCCCGUUUGUGCGCGACUUUCUGCAAAAGGAAAUCGAAGCCCAGCUCCGAAUUUUGUUCAUGGACGAACUGCCUGCCAUUAUCCAUCGCCUAUCUCUAAGACUCUGGGUUCCUGAGUACCGAGCUGGAGAGGAAAUGGAAAACCGCCCCGAGUCGGUUCCGGGGGAAGGUCCCGGUCAAGACCCUUUGGCAAGCCCUCCCCAGGACCCAGUCGAUGCCUUGGGCAAUGCUUUGAAUGAAUCAGAAAUCGCCUCGCUUUCGCUGGAUUCCUCGGUCGAAACUCACUCUUUAUUCUCUCAAAAGAACCUUCUUCGACUUGGCGCACUCACAGAUUCCCAGCGAACCCUAUCACUAUUUACUCCCUCUAUUCAAGAAGUUGUGUAUCGUGCCUGGACGUCACCAUCCGACUCGGGCGAUGCUUCUGUUAGUGUCAUGUCAUCAACAAGUCCUGGACUUUCCCGGACCCACUCUCAAAGUGGAAAUAUGCCCUCGUCAUUCCACGACACUGCCAGCAUGGUAUCGUCACAGACCCGAUCUUCAGCGUCCACACAUACGUUCAGUAGCUACGGUUUGAGUUUGGGGGCCGGCCGUCAUUCCAAGGCACAUUCGAGAAAGCGGAAGAAGCGGGUGGUGGAUUUGCGACGACCGAAAACUACGGAUGAUGCCGCGAGCGUAAGCGAUGAGAGUGCAUUCACCGAGUCCACCAGUGCAGCAUCUGUAUACUCUGCCCCGCUUCCUAUUGUGAGGGAGCAGUCAGAUGAUCCAGUGACACCGCCAUUAUCUCCGGACAGUGGUCUGCAUCUCCCAGUCAUCCCCGAACGACACCGCUUGAGCAUCUCCAGAGUGGCUCGCCGCGGAUCCGAACCCUUUUUCGAGCCUGGGGAACCGUCAUGCGCUUCUGAGCCGAUCCGGACAUCGGAGGCCGUGGAUAUUGAUGCGACUCCAAGAGGCACUUUGCGUCCCCAGGGUGGCCAUCGACAUGACAGCGAGAAGCCCGAAUCUGAAAUUCCCAGACAAUUUCCUUCCACAAUUCUUCCCUUUAGCAACGAGAAGUCGACUUCCGGCCUUGUUGAUCAGGCCUUGGUCGAGAGACUGGCCGGUGAAAUUGCGCGCCGGAUGCGAGACGACAAGCUGUCCACACCUAGCCCCUGCAGUACAUUUUGGGACCGGCUGGGCCACGAGGAAACUCCACCACCAGCCUAUGGACAUUGA